AUGGUCAAGGACAUCCUGGGUAAAGCAGGGCCGCCGUGUGAUGAGCUGAACCAUCUGGACCCAGAAGUUACCCUGAAGACCAUAGAGCUCAAGGAAGAGUGGAAGGACUUUGUGGACAAAAUUAGCCAAUUUCAGAAAAUAGUUGGUGGUUUAAUUGAGCUUGUUGACCAACUUGCAAAAGAAGGAGAAAAUGAGGAGAUAAAGGCCAUUUGUGUUCGAAGCUCGCUCAAAUCUACAGCAGAGCAGAGAAGCCCCAAAGCAGCAACUCCAAGCUCUAACAGAAAAGAAAAUGCAGCAUGA